GAUGAUCAGCACAGGCCUGUCCGAGUGACCAUUGCAAGGAGGCUGAUCUCACAACCCCCCAGCAACGAUGACUCUGACUCAAGCUGAGAAGGCGGCAGUGGUUGCCAUUUGGGAAAAGGUCGCUACCCAUGCUAAUGCCAUUGGGGCCGAGUCACUGGAGAGGCUUUUUUCAGGCUUCCCCCAAACCAAGACCUAUUUCCCUCAUUUCGAUCUCAGCCAAGGUUCUGCUCAGCUUCAUGGCCAUGGCUCCAAGGUCCUGAGUGCUAUUGGGGAGGCUACUAAGAACAUCGAUAACAUUACAGGUGCCUUGGCCACACUCAGUGAGCUGCAUGCCUACAUCCUCCGAGUUGACCCAGUGAACUUCAAGCUGCUUUCCCAUUGCAUUCUGUGCUCUCUGGCCGCCCACUUUCCCAACGACUUCACCCCGGAAGUUCAUGCUGCAUUGGACAAGUUCCUGUCCCAGAUUUCUUCGGUGCUGACUGAGAAGUAUCGAUAAACUGUCUCCUAGGAGAGCAGGGGCCAGGCCUCUCAGAGUGGGAUGCCCACCCUUCAUCAUGCAUGCUUCAUGAAUCCCUACACCUGGGUGUUGUCCUAAGCAAAAAGCCAAUAAAUAUUCUAAUUGGCCA